AGAAUGAGUCAAGCAGCUGGCAAUGACAGACAGGCGGUCCAAGAGGCGGAGCCUGAGCACGUGAGCGUGCACACUGAAGCGUCGAGCUUCACACCUCAGCAGGCCUCUGAGCAGGCGGUCCCGGGCGUGGGCCCUAUACCGGAAGCCAUCCCUAUUGUCCAGCCGCAGUUCGCAGCUAACUUCAUGAACUUCCUCCAGCAGAUGGCUGGAGCUUACGUGCCUCCACCGCCGCCACCAGUGGCGGUGGUCACUAUCGAGAAACUCCGGAAGAAUGGAGCUGAGGAAUUCUUGGGCGAUCAGAUCGCCGACCCCAUGAUUAAGUUUGACGAGCUCGCGGGGUUUGGGCAAGACCUCGUACCGACCGUGGAGAAGCGAUGCAAACGCUUCGUGGAGGGUUUACGUCCCGACCUUUCGACCCAUCUGAUCAUUGCUCCCCGGAGUGACAUCAAUGCGUUGUACAAGAAUGCGUUGGAUUUGAAUGCGGCCCUCAUCAAGAAGGCUGAGUAUGAGCACACACUAGGAGCGUCAACGGCACCAUCUCGUCCUCCUCCACCCCAGAAGGCGGGGACCAGCAGCAAGAGGUCCUUUACAGCGCCGAGUAGCUCUCACCAUAGUAAGAAGGUGAAGUCAGCCCCAGCUCAGUCAUCUGCGUCCGUACAGAAGAAGGGCAAGAGCGGGGAUGGGUUUCGCAACCCGAUUUGCGACCUUUGUGGGCGCAGGCACCCAGGAGAGUGUUGGUACACUCUUGGCCUGUGCCUUGGAUGUGGCCAGGCCGGGCAUUUCCGAAAAGAUUGUCCGAAGAAUCCGGGUGAAGUUUUCUCGACCGCACCAGCCGCUCCAGUCCCAGCAGCGCAGCCCGCCCAGAGUCAGAAAUCGGCGGCAGCAUCUAGCCAGCCCAAACGUCUACGACUCACCCAUGUGUAUCACGAUUGCCCAUUAGUGGUCCAGGGAAAGAUUUUCCCUGCGAGUCUCAUUGAGCUUCCACAUCGUGAGUUUGACGUUAUUCUGGGCAUUGAUUGGCUCACCGCCAACCAAGCCGUUGUUGACUGUGGAGUUCAUACUGUUCGACUGAGAGCCGAAGACGGUAGUGACGUACUGAUCCAUGGUGAGCUUCUUCCGAAAGCUCCAGAAUUCAUUUCCUACAUUCAUGCUCGUCGACUCAUUCGCAAGAAGUGUGAAGCAUUCUUGUGCACAGUGCGUGACACUUGUCAGGAGGCGCCUGGUAGGGGGGACAUCCCUACGCCUACAUUACAGCAGCAGAGAGCCUCAGCGCAGAGCAGUGAUGAUUUCUGUAUCGAGACCGUUGGGCUCGUCUCUCGAGGAGAGAAGCCGGAUUUUGUAGUUCGAGAUGGUAUCUUGUACUAUCGGAAGCGUAUGGUUGUGCCAGCGGGGGAG